AUGAGGCGCAGCUCCUACGCAUACAGAAAGCAGAAUGGAUGGAUGCAUAACGUAGGUCGUGGUCAGACCGGCUACAUGGCCAGACCGGCUACCCCACCAAAAUUGAGGACCAGACCACCAAAACCAACCACCACCACCAACACUACAAUGGUCAAGCGCAGGAGUAUAAAGGCUCAGGAGCGUGAUUUUCGACUUUGUGAAGCUAUUUUAGGAAUACAGACUGGAAAAUACAAAUCUGCAAAUGCUGCAGCUGUAGCCUUAGGGCUAAGGCCAGACACUGUGCGUAGACGUGUUAGUGGUGUGCAGCAUAACUUACACAAGCAGAAGCGCAAUUACCCCAUCAGCUCCUAUCAAAAAACUAAGAAAUUAUCCUCUUAA